AUGUCAAGACGGAGCUCACUCGCCUUACCUCUCAACAUGCAAGUCAACGACGACGCCGCAGAACGCGCCGCCAGAAGACGAUCAGCACACUUCGCACCCAUGCUUCCAGACAAAGAGACCGGACAAGGCGCACCGCACAAGUCGGCACUCAGCGUCCAGAAACGCGCGAAACGGCUCUCGGCAGUCGCACCCUCCAACCCGCCCGUUAGCAUGGAGGUCAUGAACACAAACUUUGAGGAGUGGAUGAAGUUGGCAACCGACAAUAAAAUUACAGCAACGAAUACCUGGAACUUUGCGCUGAUCGACUACUUUCACGACCUGACGCUGCUCCGGAAUGCAGACGAUGAAAGCAUCAACUUCCAGAAGGCCUCUUGCACGCUUGACGGGUGCGUCAAGAUUUGGACGUCGCGCGUCGACUCUGUCGCGACCGAGACGGGCAAGCUGCUCUCCGGCCUCGCUGGCGCCCCAGAGGAGGCAGACGAGGACGAGGAGGGCGACGGCGCCGAGCCACGGGAACGUGAGCGGCGGCGUGCGCAGCGGUCCGAGGCGACACUCGCCAAGUCCUUUGCCGCCCUCCAGGUGAAGAAGUUUGACCUCGAGUUCACCGUUGACCCCCUGUUCAAGAAGACGAGCGCGGAUUUCGACGAGGGCGGCGCGAUGGGCUUGCUCAUGAACCACCUGGGUAUUGAUGGGACGGGCCGCGUCGUGUUCGAUUCGGGCGACGCGCUCGUUGAGGAGGACAGUGACGACGAGGAUGAGGAGGAGCAGCACGCUGUUGUCGACAUUGCCAAGCUGCGCGACUUCCUCCCACCGCAGGCCGAGGUCGAGGGCCUCAACAUCUCCGACACGCUCAAUGGGUUCUACUUUGCUGCCGACCCGAAGGACACGCCGGAUCUUAUGGCGCUCCUUGCGCUCGAUGACCAGGAAGAGGAAGAGGAGCCGUUCGAGCCAGGACCGCAAGGCGAGGCGGUUGACUUUUUCGGCGAUGACGACUACGACGCACCAGCGCUCGACGGCGGCUUCGACGAGGGCGACGUCAGCAUGGGCGACGACCCAUUUACUGCCCCGCCGGCGGCCGGACCCUUUGGCACCAGCACGCUCGUGACACUGGGCGGCACACCCGACGGCAACAUGUUCGAAUACUUUGACUCUGGUUUCGGCAAGGCGUGGGCCGGUGCCGAGCACUGGAAGCUGAAGCGCGUGACACGGCGAGUCGUCGACCCCGAGGUCGCGCGCGAGAAGCGUGCCGCCAAGGCGCCAUUCACGAUCGACUUUGGGCCCGAGGCCAAGCUCUCGAGCCGAGAACUGUUCGCGACGUCGUCUGCGACAACGCUCCUGCCCAAGCGACGGAGCGGGAAGAAGGCAACCUCAGCCUCGCGGAGACGAGACGAGUACUUGCUUCCGGACGACAUGCACUUUAGCUCUCGACAGCUGCUGCGUCUCUUCCUCAAACCCAAGUUUGCGCUGCGGACGCGGCGCGUGGCAUCCAAUAAUGCCGCCGGCGAGAUCGACGAGACGUUCUGGGCGCAGGCGGCGCAGGACCGGGAGACGGGCGCGGACGACUUUGCCGCCGAAGCCGACAUGCCGUUUGAGAGCCAGUUCUUCCACGACGACGACGACUUUGUGGAUGCUGCCCUCGACGAUGCCGAGGACGCGGACGAUCUCCGUCUCGAGACGCAGGGACAGGAACUGAAGCGCGCUCGGCCAGAAAACGUGCACUACGCCAAGAAAGCGAAGCGUGUCGACGUGAAACGGCUCAAGGACGACAUCUGGUCCGACCUGCGCGCGGGGCUCAAGAUUGAGGCGCCCGAGUUUGAGGGCGAGGCAGAGCGGCGGGAAUCCAUCCACCCCGAGCCCGCGGACGUGGAUGAGAGCGAGCCAGCAACGUUCGACCGGGUCAUCACCUCGCUCCGCGCCAGCUACCCGCGGGACAAGAUGUCCGAGAUCAGCACAAGUUUCUGCUUCAUCUGUCUCCUGCACCUGGCGAAUGAGGAGGGGCUCAAGAUCGAGACGGCGCGCACGGACGGCGGAGCAGGCGACACGGGCAUGAAGGGGUACACGGACCAGGAGGGCGUGUGGGAUAUUGAGGGCGUGCGGCCGCCGCGCAAGAUGGUCACGGGCAACGAGGUCGAUCGCAUUGUCGGCGAGCUCCAGGCGCUCAAGGUGUUCCGCGACCCGACGGCGGGGCGGGCGGCGUAA